CGAUUGUAAAGCAACUUCCGUUUCCAUUUCCAGUACCUUCCAGAUUCAGAGCGUAUAAAACCCAAUCAAAUUUUCAAAGAAGAAGAGAAGACGACGGAUCAGUGUGAGAAGAAGAAGAAGAAGCAGCAGCAGAAGCAGAAUCAUCACCAUCAAUCAUGGCGACGGAGACUUGUACGCAGGCCUACGGCGAGCCCUCGUAUUGGGACAAUCGCUAUUCCAAUGAAUCUGGCCCCUUCGAUUGGUACCAGAAGUAUCAUUCCUUGGCGCCAUUGAUCAAUCUCUAUGUCUCUCGCCAUCAUCGCAUCCUCGCCGUCGGUUGCGGCAACUCAGCAUUUAGCGAAGGUAUGGUCGAUGAUGGCUAUGAGGAUGUAGUCAAUGUUGAUAUAUCAUCUGUUGUGAUUGAAGCAAUGCAGAAAAAGUAUUGUAAUCUUCCGCAGUUGAAAUAUGUGAGAAUGGAUGUUCGUGAUAUGAGCGAAUUUGAAACAUGUUCAUUCCACGCCGUUCUUGACAAAGGUACCCUAGACUCUCUAUUGUGUGGAAAUAAUUCACGAGAAAAUGCAACUAGGAUGCUCGAAGAAGUUUGGAGGGUCCUCAAGGAAAAUGGAGUGUAUAUUUUGGUUACAUAUGGAGCUCCCACGUAUAGACUAAGUCUACUGAAACGUACUUUCUCAUUGAUAAAGCUUCAUGUCAUAGACAAAUUUGUUUUAGAGAAAAGGACCGACCCUCCAAAAUGGGACCUCUUGAAACCCGUUCCAUUUGACAAUGAUGUGAGGCCGCUAGAAACCAUGCUCGGGCAGAAUCCUGAUGUCCACUAUAUAUACAUCUGUACGAAGGAUAGCAUUGAAUCGGUUAUUGCAGAGGAUUGUUCUUUGAAGACAGACCAAAAGUAUGAUGUUGCUGUUGAGUGAAGGAAGAACGUGAUAAGAGGCAAGUGUUUUCCUUUAACUAAAAAUGUAGGAUUCUUUUGUUGUUUUUUUUCAAGUUAUGUAACAUGAUAGUAUUCUAAAGCUUUAACUAUUUCUCACUGCAUUAAAUCAUAAAUUGUCUUU